AUGAAUAUACGAUGUGCAAGAGCAGAAGAUUUGAUGAGUAUGCAACAUGCAAAUCUCAUGUGUCUUCCCGAAAACUAUCAAAUGAAGUAUUAUUUUUAUCAUGCUCUCACUUGGCCUCAACUCAGUUAUAUUGCUGAAGAUCACAAGGGAAAUGUUGUCGGAUAUGUUCUUGCAAAAAUGGAAGAUGAUCCAGGAGAGGAACCACAUGGACAUAUAACUUCAUUGGCUGUUAAACGUAGCUAUCGGCGUUUGGGACUUGCCGCAAAAAUGAUGGAUCAAACUGCAAGAGCUAUGGUUGAAACAUACAAUGCCAAAUUUGUCUCACUUCAUGUUCGUGUUUCCAAUCGAGCUGCUUUGAAUCUCUAUCAAAAUACUUUGAAAUUCGAGGUCAAUGACAUCGAGCCAAAGUACGUUUUAAUUUAUUUUCAAUUUUUGUUUUGGUGUCAAUACAAAAAAUCAACAAAUUUCAGAUACUAUGCUGAUGGCGAAGAUGCUUACGCAAUGCGGAGAAAUCUAGUCAAAUGGGCAGAAGAAAAAGGAUAUGAGCCAGCUGACAAGGAAUCAUUUUUCAGACCAAUCGAAGAAAAGAAGACCAAAAAAUAUUAG